CUCUGGCCUCUCCCCACCCCCACAUCAAGUCACUCUUUUCUUCUCUCUCCACACACAGCACACGACAGAAAAGAUAAGAAAGCUAUCUUGUUCUUCCAAUCGCGUGAUCCCACAUAGCAGCCUAUCUAAACCUUUUUAGCACCUAGAGAAUCCCAUCUGCUGCGUACCCUCUGCCUGCUUCUAAUCCAAAUGGCUGUUCCUCAUUCACCCCCAUACGUUUCCUCGGCCGCCCUUUGAACACGAAUUCCCAGGAGAUAACUGUUUCAGCCGUUUCGGAAUCGAACACAUCGAAUGGCAUCCUCCGUAACCGAAACUAGCUGCAUGAACUCAAUGCCAUGCUCAUGGUCGUCCAAUUACUCGCCAUCACCGUCUUCAAAGAAGAGAGGUUUGACGGGAGGUGGGGGGAAGCGGGUGCGGAACGGGAGCAAGCACCCGAUGUACCGCGACGUGCGGAAGCGGGCAUGGGGGAAGUGGGUGUUGGAGAUCCGGGAGCCCUGUAAGAAGUCGCGCAUCUGGCUCGGGACCUUCCCGACGCCGGAGAUGGCUGUGCGAGCCCACGACGUGGCGACGCUUAGUGUGAAGGGCACCGCCGCCGUCCUCAACUUCUCCGACCUCACCGCCUCCCUCCCCCGCCCCGCCGCCCUCUCCCCUUGCGACGUACAGGCCGCCGCCGCCGCCCGCGCUGCCGCUAUGGACCUCCCCUCUGCCGCCCACCCCACCUGUAAUAUCCGGGCCCAAUUUGAGCCCAAUACCUUUUUGGGCCCGUACUUGAGCAUUGGGCCAGGACACCUAAUGGGCCCAACUGGGGCCCAUUGUUAGCAGCCAUUUGAUGGCUGCUAUCUCAUACCCUGAGGAUGGAUGUGACUAUUAGAUGUAUGCCCUAGAAGCCAAUCUGGCUGACACAUUAUUAAUUCUAGGGACAUAAUUUUGUA